ACAAGAAGCAAGAGACAAAUGCAGAGGAGGAAGCAAGGUGAAAGCAGGAAGCGAAAACUUUACACUACUGGAACUCAGUAGGUAAAAAAAAAUCAAAAAAAUCUGAUAGUUAGCAAGAUGGCGAAAGUCAAGGCAUGUCAGUGGACAAAUAAGAUAGUUGAUAGUUGAUUUUUAGACGGCAUGCUACAGAAGGUUAUUUUGCUUCGGUUAUAAUUUAGUCUCUCCAGUAGCCAUUCCCUGUCAUAUGUUGCAAAUUUUUUUGGUUGCACUCUUUUAUCCACUUAUUUAUUCAGCAGAUUAACCACCACAGCAGCUACAGCAAGGUAGUCGGUUGCCUUAACCGAGUGAUUCAUCUAUCCCUGCAGCCAGCCAGCAGCUGAAUGGUAGGCAAACAGUUAGUUGGUGUGUGUGGAUGUGAGGCUGGCUGCUGGUCAGCUGCUCCCUGGCGCUUCCUACCCCCCUCCAGGACCAGGCACCGUUGAAUCAGCUGAGGACUCACUGAGCGGUUUCUAUUGGUCAUCACUAUGACUGAUGGGGAUUAUGACUACCUGAUAAAGCUCCUUGCACUGGGAGACUCUGGCGUGGGGAAGACAACAUUCUUGUACCGGUACACAGAUAACAAGUUCAACCCCAAGUUCAUCACCACAGUCGGCAUCGACUUCAGGGAAAAAAGAGUGGUGUACACAGCUUCCAACCCCAAUGGAAUGACAGCAGGAAAAACCUUCAAGGUUCACCUACAACUCUGGGACACAGCUGGACAAGAAAGGUUCCGCAGCCUGACAACAGCAUUCUUCCGAGAUGCCAUGGGGUUCCUACUGAUGUUUGAUCUCACCAGCCAGCAGAGUUUCCUCAAUGUCAGAAACUGGAUGAGCCAGCUACAGGCCAAUGCCUACUGUGAGAACCCGGAUAUAGUCUUGGUUGGAAACAAGGCAGACCUGGCUGACCAGCGUGAGGUUCAAGAAAAGCAAGCAAAAGAGCUGGCAGAUAAAUACGGGGUCCCAUAUUUUGAGACGAGCGCCGCGACUGGGGUGGAGGUGGAAAAGGCGGUGAUCACACUAUUGGACCUGGUCAUGAAGAGGAUGGAGCAGUGUGUGGACAAACCGCCUUCAGAGCCAUCUAAUGGCACGGGGACCACAAAGCUCUCCGCUACACAGCCCGAUGAGAAGAAAUGUGCAUGCUAGAGCUCAGCAGCUUGUUCAGGAAGUGACCAAGUGUACUCACCACUCGCCGAUCUUUCCUCUGCUGUGUUUCUUCGUCUUUGCUUGCAUGCUUCUUGGGUGUCAUCUUGUUCUUCUCAUUUUCCAGCCAAAUCUAAACCGUUGUUUUGCUUCUUUAUUAUCUUAUCCUCCAUUCAAUUAUGUUGCCUAAAUGCCACCAUAGGAUUAGGGCAACCCAAGGUCUCCCUCUAAGGGUUAUUCAAGGAACUGCAGUCUGAUCAUGUCAAUUCUGUGUGUGUGUUUGUGUGCGUGUGUGUAUGCGUGCGUGCGUAUGUGUGUGUGUGGAGAAGAAAAGUGAUACUUUAUACUCUAUAAUGACUACGGAUUGAAUGGUGGCCUAAGCCUACUUAUUUACAUACAUGCAGUUUAUAUGCAGUUGCAUUCGUUUGGAUAAAUUGUCAAAUAAAAAUCUUGUUUUCAUUUUUGGAAAUUGUACCAGGGGGAAAAAAAGAAACAUUUUUCAAAACAAACACACAUGCAUUUGAAGCUAACAUGGUUUAUCAGUGAAGAGUUAAAAUUCUACCUUGUGCUUAUAACUACUGGCAAUGUAUCUUGAUUUUUGGCCAUCUCAAACAGCUGCAGAGUUGUUCAUUUCUUUUUCUUGUUUGCCUUCUCAUGCCAAAUCUAGAUUUUUUUUCAAAUCACUAUUAUUUACUCUCUGAUGCUUUCCAUCAGCCAAUGUCCGUGUAUCACAAACGCUUUCCCAAUCUUUUGUGCAAGCCAACCAUGUACCUAAAAUCAUAUGACACCUCUAUCUGCCUUACAUUUUGGAAAAUGUGUGUUAAAGCGUUGACUUGCUCAAGAAACGAGAAUCACCUUUCUAGCUUGUGAUCUAUUUAUUUAUUUCCCAAUGAGUCUGCAGUUUGAGUAUGUUGCUGCUUAACAUGACUACUUUGACGCUAAUGACGAUACAAAACAGGUUCUAUAAUCAUCAGUAAAUGGUGGUUGGUGGUACAUGUGUUUUUUUUUUUUUUUUUUUUGUAUUGUACACAGUGGAUUUGUUCAAAAGGUUUAUGUGCCCUUAAGCUUUGUCACCUUUAAUCUGCCAAUGUGCCAAAUCCAAAUAAAAGAGAAACUUCACCCACCGUUCACAUGAAAGCAUUUUUAUUUUCAACUAAAUUAAACCUUUCCCAUUUUGUGUGUGUGUUAGCGUGUGAAUGCGUGCCAACAUCUGAUUAUGAGUUCCCAUAGAAAACGAACCUUUCUGAGCAGAUGAGAUUCUGUAGUUUCCUAAAAUUCUGCUUUUAUUUUAUCUUUUAAUUGGCCAAAAGUUGCUUUGAGUCAUAAUAAAUGUGCUGCUGCAUCUUAUAAAUUCCAGUAUCUUUUUGGUGAGUUAUUUGCGUGAGAUUCCCAAAGUGUUUAACUUUAUCAUUUUAACUUAUUUGUCAAAUACCUUUUGUAGUUUUACUUUGUCCCACUCAUAAUUGAGAACCCCACCCCCCUCCCCCAACAAAUCUGUUCUAUCCAAGCCUUCUUUCAUGUAUUACAGUAUUUGGUUACUUCUAGUACCUUCAACUUAUUUGUCUUCUUCGACUGAUGUAUUUGAUGCAUGUUUUCCAUACAUAUCAAACUUAAGUGUAGUUGGAAUAUCCACUUGAAAAGUUUACAAUGUAUAAGGAGUCAUUUUGUGCCUGUUACUAACUCUGUUCCCUCUGUUUCUCAGUAAUGUGUGUGAGCUACUCAAUAUGUUGAUGUAUUAUUCAUUUUGCAGUACAACACAGAAGGAGAGGAUAACAUUGUUUUAUGUGACAGAUUUAAAAAAAAAUAAUCAAAGUACCUCUAAGACAGUGCUUCUCAAUUAUUUUCUGUUACGCCCCCCCUAGCAAGAAGAAAACUAUUCGCGCCCCCCCUCCCCACCGUGACUAUCCUAACUUGUCUUGUAAGUCGUAAAAUGUUGCACUGUCGCAAACGUGACAGAAGUAACAAUGAGAGCGCCACUGCCCCCUGCUGUAGUAAACGCGCAAUUACACUUUAUUCUAGUACUGCCAAAAAAAAAGCCUGUUCCCCAGGGUCACACGCGCCCCCCCCAGGAAUAGCAAGGGGGGCGCGCCCCACUAUUUGAGAAGCACUGGCCUAGGUGACUGAUUCACAAUUUGGUUUUGUCUGAUAUCAGAGAUUAAAUAAAGAAAACCAACUGGCUGAUUGAUUUGUUUUAAUUGAGAGGAAAAAAAAACAGCAAAAGCAUUUCACUAGCUGACCAGGAGAUGGCGACAGCGUGGCAUCUGAAGACCAGGAGUCUCAGAGACAUUACUGUGCAAUAACAUCCUGCUCCUCACACCUUCUUGAAUUUGUCUACACUGUUUUUGCCAUUAUUCACAUGUCCUGAAUGUUGUUAGUCACCUAAAUGUUGAACAGAGGGUGUGUUUCUACCGAAGUCAAAUUCCUUGUUUGGCACGCUCAAACAUGGCGAAUAAAAACUCUUGAAUCUUGAA